CAUGAUGAUUAUCCUGCCUUUCCUUUUAGCCGUCUGAUGAAAACGAUUGGCUCUAUCAUCUCUCUCUUCUGAUCUUCUCUCUCUCCUUUCUCUUUCUAUCUGCAGCAGUUUCUCCGCGUGAAUCUUUGAGCUUGAUAUUCUCACAGACUUCGUUGGAGUUUGGGGAAGAGAAAAAGCUGAUCAGCCAUUGAGAUUACUACGAAGACAGCUUUAUUUACUCCGCUGUGUGAUCUCUCUGUGACUAUUUAGCUUGCCAUUUUCGGAGAAAAAUGUCGCACCGACACUCGAGGCUUCGUCUCCAAGGUCGUUGCGGUUUCCGUUAAUGGCGUCUCCCGCGUCCAACUCUCGACAUUACCGGAUUUGAACUACUCUGGUACGUCCUGCCUCCGCGCGUCCAAGUUGCGAUAAGAUUUUCUGUUUGGCUCGCGAGAAACUUCGCUCACCGUGAAAAUUGUAAUUGCGUUCAGCUAAGAAGUAAUAGUUCAAACUUGUCAAGCAAACGGGAGAAACCAGUUGAGUGCAGAUACAUCCUAUUGAAUCCAUGGAUUGCGUUUCAAAAACCAAAGGGAAUUCAGGAGAUCAACAAUCUUUGAGAACUUCAAGGAACAUUUUACCUCGGGCAAGCCAAAGUAUGAAGCUACAAGACAAGUUAAAACCAGAAAAGCCUCGUCUCUCAUAUGCUGAUUUCCAUCCUGAAAUUACAAAGAAUGUAAAAUACGUUCCACAUAAAUUCUCUGGGGCUCCUCAAAAGCAGCAGAUUGGUGGCAAAGAAGUUGAGGAGGAUGAGCUUGUUAAGUACAUGUCAAAAUUGCCAACUUAUCUGCAAAAAGGAGAAACAGUACAGGAGAAAGCCUUAAAUGUUGGGGUCCUUGAUUGGGGGCUUCUGGAAAAAUGGCAAUACAGCCAUAAACAGAUGCCAUAUAGAUGUAGCAGGUAUUCUGCUUCCAGUAGCAACACAUCCUCGUCUUUUUCUACGGAUGGGUCUUCUUCCCAUUCUAAUAGAGGCCAUAGCUGUUCUCCUGCUCGCCGAAGUACAGGCCGUCCAUCCUUACAAUUUCAUAUGAUGGCAUCUUCCACGGAAGGCUCGUCUCAAGUUAAAUCCAUUGCAUCAAGUGUUGAAAAGUUUAAGCCCACUGAGACUCCACAUUGUGGUACCUUGAAUAGGUCGGAAAAAUUCAUCAGCACAGCUCCAGCUCUCUUCAAGAAGCAUCAAGAUGUCCAGCAGAAAGAACGCAAGAAGGAUCAAUCAGACCAAAAUUGGCAGAAGGAUCCCGGAAGUGGACCUUUGCAAAAUGACGCCAGCCGUGCAUCACGAUCAACGGUAAAGGGGAAGACUCAAUAUGGUGAAUGUACAAAUAGAGAGGAGAAGACUAAGAAAUCACAUUUACAAAAUUUUGAACAUAAUUCCUCUAAAGGAAGCAAAACCAUUGUUCUGCUUUUGCCUAUGGGUCUCCAAGAAAACAAUCAUCCUGGUCAUCCUCAAGAUUCUAAUUCGACAAUAAUUUCUGGCCGAAGAUCAGAACGCUGCCAAAGAAGCCUUCCGGAGGGCUAUAAGACAGCAUGGCAAGAUGAGCUCAAUUCCGAUAUUCCACAUUCAUGCCCACUUCCUUCCGGAGUUGGCAAUAAAGAGUCUCAGGUAGAACAACACAACUCUAUAAAUUCAGCUGCAGUGAGAACCAACUGUUCAUUUGGUUCAUCUUACUCAGUAUCGGAAACACCUAGAGUGGGUUAUAAUCCAUGCAGUCACAGAAAUUUGGAAGCAAAAAGUUCAACCGUGAUACCUGCAUGUUCGCCAGAGCGUCCCAAAGCAUCAGAUCAAAAGUCAAAAAAAGUAACAGCUGAAAAAGUAAGAAGUACUUCACCAUUUUACCGGUUUGCCAAUGUUACAGGUAAGUUGAGUAGAGGUUCUAGUUCAAAGGACAGUUUAAACUUAUGUAACCAGAGUUCAACGGAUGUUUCUGCUAAAUCUGCUAUGGGAAAAGCUAUGCCUUCUGCUGGUGAUGCUUCAAGCAGUGAUAAACUCGAUGCAACUGGCAGGGCCAGAUCGAGUCCUCUGAGACGGUUGCUUGACCCUCUACUGAAGCCAAAGGCAGAAAACUGCCAUCACCCUGUGGAGCCAGGAGCGAAGGUCUCGGUAUCUACGGAUAGGACUUGCAAAUCAGUUGAUGGGCAGUAUGUUUCAUUGGCUAUGCGGUCGGGGAAAGUAAAGUUGGGCAUGACCGGUUGCAAGAAGAUUGAUGUCAAUGAAUUAGCUAAGGACAAGAAACCUGGACCAGCAACAGUUCAAGCUCUUUUGCAAGUUGCGGUUAAGAAUGGUUUGCCUCUUUUCACAUUUGCAGUUAACAAUGAAAGUAACAUCCUUGCAGCCACAGUGAAGAUGUUAAAUACCACCAAAAAGGAUGGGCACAUCUGCAUUUACACAUUCUUCACCAUUCAAAAUAUGAAGAAAAAGAAUGGAAGUUGGAUCAACCAAGGCGGCAGAGGCAAUAGUCAUGAUUACAUCUCUAAUGUUGUUGCUCAAAUGAAGGUUUCUGAUUCUGGGUUUUCCAAUUUGUGUACACAAAAUAAGAUUGGUGUGAGAGAGUUUGUGUUGUUUUCCGUGGACCUGAAACAGACAGAUAACCAAAGCUCAGAGUUCCAGCCAAAUAAUGAGCUUGCAGCUAUUGUUGUCAAAUUUCCGAAAAAGUUCAAUCCAAGCUCCAUGAAGGAUGGGCCGCCUGCAAAUGCAUAUGGAGUUAAUUCAAAAGACUCUUUGUCCGGACUUGAUUGUCAUUCUAACUCUGUGAAGGAUGUUCAGUUUCAACCUUUCUUCAGCGGUGAAGACUUCAUCAGUACGACGGUCAUACUUCCAAGUGCUGUUCAUAGUCUACCUAGUAAAGGAGGACCCUCAUCGUUGAUUGGACGUUGGAGUUCGGGUGGAUCGUGUGACUGUGGUGGUUGGGAUCCGGGUUGCAAAGUUUGGAUUCUUUCAAACCAGAAUCAAGUCCACAAGAACUUAAGCUCAUCCAAGGGUUGUCCCAUCACAGAUAGAUUAGAGCUUUUCACUCGGGGAGGAAUGCAAGAAAAUCAGCAGGUUUUCAGCUUGUCUCCAUUCAAGGAAGGGAUCUAUUCAGUUGAGUUCAAUUCCUCUCUCUCAAUUUUACAAGCAUUCUCCAUUUGUACAGCAGUGUUAGAUAGUAGGAAACGAUGUGAGGUUUCAGAAUCAAGAAACCCAUUUGAAGAAAAAACAUUUGGGGAACAACCAAUGUUAGUGCAAAAUGCUGGAACAAGUGGUCCUAGUCGAAUUGAAGGAGAGGUUCCUAGAUAUAUGUCAUAUCCGCCACUGUCACCGGUCGGUCGGGUCUAGAUGUGCAUGAGAAAGAUAUAACUAGCGCUUUUGGUCCGCUAAGCAUUGUGCAUAAUCCUUAGUCACCAUUUCUAGUCUUGCUACUCAAUAUCUGUAAUGCAGCCAGAUGGAAGUUGACCUUUUUAUUUACAUAUUAUAGUAUGCCCUCAUAAUGAUCUGUUAGUUACUUGGAACAAAGUCCAAGUAUUGCUUCUGGACGAAAUAGGCAAAUAUGAAAAUCUAUCAAUUGUAUCAUUGGAGAAGCUCCUUUGAUCAAUUUAAGUGCACAUAUUGAGUGAAUUCUAAC